AGGAGUAGGACCAUCCAUAGCUUUAUAAUGCUCUCUCUCUCACACCGAGAAAGAGAAACAAAAUCAAUGGUGGCCAUUUCUCUAUACAGAGGCAAUCUGCACAGGGUUCCUGAAGUGCCUCGACGAUGGCUAAUGCCACCUCCCAAAAUCUCUCUCAAAGAUUUCAAAACCCUUUUGAACCGCCGUAACAGAGCCCUUGCUCGUCUUCGCUCCCCUAAUAUCGCCACUUCAAACCCUAAUUCUAACUCUGGGCUACAACUUCAACCUCUCAACCCCACUCCCCCUGAUCUUAAACUUCAAUUAGACGAUAAUAAUGAUGCUAAUGGCAAAGAAGACGAGGGAAUAAUUCAAUAUUCAGAAAUCAACAAUCAAGGAAAAUCGAACGUUGGAGAUUAUACGGUGAAACCUGCUAUUGAAACUGAGAUUGCACCGGAAAAAGCCUUUGAUACGGUGGUUACUGAUGAGAAAUUGCAUUCUUUGGUAGUGGUGGAGAAACCAGCUGAACCGGUUAACCCUAAUUUACAGACAAGCGAGAAGAUGGGGGUGUUAGAUGAGAAAGAGAAAAGGAAAAGAGAAGUAGAAGAUAGGCUGCAAACUUUGAAUGCGAAAAAACAUAAUCUAGUGCAAGCUUUGAAGCAGAUAUUGAAUGCUGAGGAGGAAUUAAAGAGACGAAAUUGUAUGCAAGGAAUGGCGGCUCGCUCAACCGGUCAACUUCAAGUGGAUACCACAAAUGACACUGGGUUGAGUACUAGGCAGCCUACACCUAGGAUGGGCUCAGAGGCAAGUCUUGGCGGUGAUAUGGAAGGGGCAGAAGCUGAAGAUGCUUCGAACCAAAAUACUCAUUAUCGCCAUAUGCUUAGGAUGAGCAGCAUGUCACCGUCUUCCGAGUCCCCUUUUAGAAGGACUACCUAUUUCCAGCAUAAUGUGGUUCCACACCCUUCUCGAGCAAGUAUGGGGGUUACAGGUAGUCCAUCUCCAUCACGCUUUGCUCCUAUAGGCCAUCAGGGGAAUCCUGGAAAUCUGCCAGCAGUAUCUGUAUCUGGAACAAAUUACAUUGCAUCCUCUCCCUCCCCUGCGGCAUCCGGCAGCACAUCUGUAUUUAGAGAUGCUCGGCAGCCAAGUCCAUGGAAUUAGCAACUAUGUGCUUCUGCCACCAUGAUGUAACAUCUAGCAUUAUUUUCUGUACCUGAUGUUACUGCUUCAUGCUCCAAUUGUUCAAGUUCUGGUUGGCAGGAAUACCUUGAGUUCUCAUACAAUGAAGCACCAUCAAGACACUAUUGGUUCAUGACUUAACCUUUAGAAUGCUGUAAAUCCAAAAUUGCCGAAAACCAUUCCAUAUCCGUACUCUGGUUAUGUUGAUGAUUUGAAAUGUAAACAUAACCUGUAUUUGUAAGAUUAUUUUCAUAGCUUUAAAAGGUUUUAAUCAUCCAUAUAUAAAGCUCUAUUCGUGCA